CUCCAUCUACAAGUUAACGCAAGUAUAUUUCAAUCAGCCACUUCAUUGCCUGAGGGGAAUUUAGUUCUAAAAUGGCUUCUCCUAAUGCAUUUGCAACUUUUGCUCUUCUUCUCUCCCUUACCCUUAUGUUUUUCACUACGGUCAGUUCAAAUGAUCAUGUCCCUAAUUGUCCACCAACACCACCAAAAUCCCCAAAACACCCUCCCCCUUCAACCCCAAAACCAAAACACCCUCCCCCCUGCCCUCCCCCAAUCCCAAAACCCCCUCCCCCAACUCCAAGCCCAAAAUGCCCUCCCCCAACCCCAACACCAACGCCUACCCCAACCCCAACGCCAACACAAUAUCCUCCAACCUUGACUCCAACCCCAACCCCAACGCCUACCCCCACCCCAACGCCAACACAAUAUCCUCCAACCUUGACUCCAACCCCAACCCCAACGCCUACCCCCACCCCAACGCCAACACAAUAUCCUCCAACCUUGACUCCAACCCCAACCCCAACGCCUACCCCCACCCCAACGCCAACACAAUAUCCUCCAACCUUGACUCCAACCCCAACCCCAACGCCUACCCCCACCCCAACGCCAACACAAUAUCCUCCAACCUUGACUCCAACCCCAACCCCAACGCCUACCCCCACCCCAACGCCAACACAAUAUCCUCCAACCUUGACUCCAACCCCAACCCCAACGCCUACCCCCACCCCAACGCCAACACAAUAUCCUCCAACCUUGACUCCAACCCCAACCCCAACGCCUACCCCCACCCCAACGCCAACACAAUAUCCUCCAACCUUGACUCCAACCCCAACCCCAACGCCUACCCCCACCCCAACGCCAACACAAUAUCCUCCAACCUUGACUCCAACCCCAACCCCAACGCCUACCCCCACCCCAACGCCAACACAAUAUCCUCCAACCUUGACUCCAACCCCAACCCCAACGCCUACCCCCACCCCAACGCCAACACAAUAUCCUCCAACCUUGACUCCAACCCCAACCCCAACGCCUACCCCCACCCCAACGCCAACACAAUAUCCUCCAACCCUGACUCCAACCCCAACCCCAACCCCAACCCCAACGCCAAUGGCAACGCCAACACCAACACCAACGCCAACGCCAAGCCCAAGCCCUAGCCCUAAAGCCUCUUGCCCUAAGGACACCCUUAAGCUAGGGGUAUGUGGAGAUUUGUUGAAUGACUUGGUGCACCUUGUUGUGGGGACCCCACGAAAGACCCCUUGCUGUAGCCUCAUUGCGGGUCUUGUUGAUGUUGAUGCUGCUGUGUGCCUUUGCACUGCCAUUAAGGCCAACGUUUUGGGCAUCAAUCUUAAUGUGCCAGUCUCCUUAAGCUUGCUUUUGAAUUACUGUGGUAAGUCUGUCCCAACAGACUUCCAAUGCGCCUAGUAGUGUCAUGGUCAUGAAGGUCGCAAGCCUUGGUCUUGUCCUCGACAAGCCCUUGACAGGAAAAUGGAUUCAACUUCAAGCCCAGGGAUAGUGGAAAAUGCAGCUACAGCAACAACUCCCAAAAACCGUCACUGCCUCAUCUAUGAUUAUUAUAUAUAUAUAUAUAUAAUUUUCUAUAUAUUAUAUAUGUGUGUUUAUGUUUGUUGUUGUAUUAUUACAGUUGGAGAAUGAGGUAUCUUUGAAAAUAAGAAGAUUAUGUGUAGUUUCAUUUCGGAUUAUAAGGAAGGUUAGCUACAAUUUCUUAUAAA